AAGUGUUAAAUUUUAACAUUUACGAAGUGUUGGAUUCAGUAAGUGUUAUUUUACACUUUUAAAUGUUAGAAAAUGUGACCAGUCGUGGGUCCGGACGUCUUGAAACGAUCGAAUAACACAUUCGUCAAUGGUAUUUCAACAUUACCAUAAAUGGUAAAUCAUAGUGCAUUGUGAUUGGACUGUAGUUUGAUAUAAGUGACGUCAUGUGUCAGGUGAUGCGAUGCGCGGUCGAAAUCCUAGCUCGGCUCGAAGUUAUCGUGUUCCGAAUGACUUUUUCAAUCGCCUUUAAUCAUCGGUUUUAAUGGGCUUGGUGUGGCCAUCCAAAUGCUGAAGUACCGACUUAACAAGAUUAAAAAUCAAAAUGGCCAAUGAAAAUUUGAUCAAGUUUUGUGUUACAUGUGGACAACGAACAAAACUAAUAACGAUAACUUCAGAUGGUGGGAUUUUGAACAAUCUCAAAGCAAAAGUUGCAACCAAAUUUGGACUGGAUGCAGAGCAAGUGACUCUAAGGAUCAAAUUGAAUGAGUACGAGAAUCUAAUUGACAUUGAUGAAAAUGAUUCAGAAGAUGUAGAACUUCUAAAACAAGGAGGGAAUGUCUUCCUGGACACUCCACAGAAGUAUGCAGUGGCUUCAUCAGAAGAUACAUCAGAUUCUGACGUCAGUGGUCGGCAAGAAGUGGCUUCCACUAGCAGCUCCCAUGAGAUCAAUUCUGACAGCAUAACAGAAAAUGGAUCUUCAAAGUGCUUCAAUGUGAAGGAUAUUAUCCAAAGGCAUCCCCGUGGGAAAGAAAUAGAUGAAGAGUAUAACACAAACUCGACAAUAACGACAGAAACUAGACGCCUUCUGACAUCUAUUGUGUGUGCAGAAAUGGUUAAGAUUUUCACCUAUUACCCAACGAAAAAUCAAAAAAUCAAAGUGGCCCAGAGUAUCAUCCAGGCAUAUCCAACUCUGAGAUCCAGCUCACAAGUUCCUUAUGAUAUAUGGUUUGAUCCAUGUGACUCCAACAGAGGGUACUUGAGCCAAAAACUCAACACAAUGCGAAGGAAUCUUCCUCGUAAUGAAUUGAUGAGACCAAGAACGAAAGAAGGAGGUGACAAAAUCUCAACUUCAGCAACUUCAAAAACAACCAAAAGGAAGUACACCCCUCUCAAAGAAAUAGCUCCGUUAGAAGAAGAAGAACUGAUGCUCUUUUGUAAACGUGCAUCACGUCAUGAAACAAAAGGCAUUUUAGAGGCUAUGGCUGCGUCUUACAGCAACAGACGGAAUUGGAUUACCUUGAAAGCUCCAAGUGUACCAGAAAUAUUGGCUCGUUAUCCAAGGCUGCAAGAUUCACCAGAUGUGCUUCAGCAGGAGUUUAAGUUGAUGUAUCCAGAGAACGGAAAUAAAAUGAUCACUACAUGGGAGACAAGAUUUUGCCCCCACAUCCUCCAACUGGCAAAAAUGUCGAGACUACCCAAAAUUCGGCAGCUGUAUGGAGAACUGUACAAGGAAAGCGUAAUAGAUGAUGACGAUGACACUGUCCCUGAUCCACCAUCUACAAGCGAGAUAGCACUGUUCUCAUUCAUCAUGGCAAUAUACAUGGUUCCAUCUCAGACAGCAAGAAGGAAGAGUUCACUGGCAGACUCCGUGGGAUACUUUUUAGUGACUAGACCAAUCGGUACAAGUGUGGAAUCCCACCUGGCUGAAGAGAGGAAUGCCAAGAAGCGGAGACAACCAUACCUUUUGGGCAUAGGAGAACGCAACAACCCAUCUCAGUUUUUCAUUGUUGUGGAUGAUCUAGCUAUCCCAUGUGAAGGUGACAUCACAGAGGCUGUUGACAAACUGUUUAAGGUCCAUUACGUGUUCAACAUCCGCUACGCAGAUGAAGUCUAUGGAUUUUUUGCAUUCAUUCAGAAUUUUGUUUACGGCAUAAGUGGACAAGAAGCAGUUCCAGCCCGUGCCAGAGAAAUGAUGGCAAGCAUCACUGCCUUGGAAGUGAAUGCAAACAAAUGAAUAAUUUCAGUAGUGCAUGUCCUCAAACAGGCUUAAUGAACUCAAAAGGGUGUGGAUUUCACAUGGUAGGAUCAAAGAUCAUUUGUAGUAGUAAAGUGCUGGCUUGUAUUUUUUUCUGUUCCCACUUGGAACAUUCUUCCCUGUUUAAGUUGAUAGAUGAUGUUCACUGUACACAAUUCCAUAAUCAAUGGAAGACCACGGUUGAAUAAAUUUGGGUUUAUUCAUCCUUGAAUAUUCCAGGAUAUUCUCAUGUUUUUAAAAGAAAAAAAUCUUGGUCAGUACUGUAUGUUAAAGUAGAUUUACCUUGAACACAUCUUAUACAGUGCUUAUAUAUAAAAGAAAUUAUCCUUUUGAAAAUAAUUUUCAAAAUCACAUUUCAAACUAUGAAGAUGAUUUAAUGGCUUUUGGUACUCUAUAGUCUCUUCUAUCAAAUGCUGCUAAAAUGAUGAAUAUUUGUGAACGCUCAAAGGUCAAGUCCACCUCAAAAAAAUGUUGAUUUGAAUCAAUAGAGAAAA